UGAAUUUUCUUAUAAAAUCAUGUUGUAGAUUCGAAAAUCUUUUCAGUCCAAUUUCAAUAUCGCAUCGUUUCGUUGUUAACCGUUUUGUGGCAGCAGAUAUUCCCAUCUCUCUUCAUCGGAAGAAAACUAGACCCACAAACGCACACUCACAAGCACGCACUAUGAGAUUUUGGUGUUCAGUAUUAAUCGCAGUUGUGACUGUAAAUUGUCUCGUGACGGCAAUAAAUGGCAAAAGUGCCACCAGAACGGUGAUAGAACCAUUCAAUAUGCUGUUACCGCCAUUGGAAGAUACGCCACAAGAUGAUGCCCAAACAACUAAGGCUCCAGCACUGGCUGCCGCCCCCACCACAACCAAAAGGACGACUACGACAACGGCAAAGCCUUUAACGAACAAUGUGAAUAAUGUCCUACCUGAACUAUCGAUUGAGGCUUUAUUGCCACCUUUAUUCGAGGCUAAAAUUGAAAAGGCGGAGGACGAACAUAAACAACAACAGCAGCAGCAGCACCAGCACCACCAGCAACAACAAACAACGACAACAACUAGGGCUCCGCAGACCACCACCACCACAACGACGACUACUACUACACCAGCCCCCAGGACGGUGGCACACACUCAGAAAUCCCCUCUGGUUAAGACAACGAAAAAAUCCUACUACCAACAGCAACAGCAGCAACAACAAAUACACAGUUCCGGAAGUGGCAAUAAACAGUACCCAAAACAAAAAUCCGGUGUAGUGAAAAAUGUUGCCGAAACAAAGACGAAAACGAAACAAGCCACGCAACAUCUCAAGAGCAACAUUCAACGCCAGGCCACACAACAAGUUGCCGUAAAGGUGCCCUUCAGAAAGAAGGCAGCAACCACAUACAAUGUCCAAUACAAUCUCUACGGUCUGGAUGUGUAUUUGGCCUCCACCACACCAAGGCCACCGAAGUAUGGUCUGCCCACCAUUACCCCCUUCCCACGCCGUCUUUUGGGCUAAUGGGCGCAACGUCGUUUGGGAUGCUUGCUAUGCAAGACAAUUGUAAGACUUAAUUUAUUAUUAUUAAUGUAUCUCGUCUCCUACCCCCCUUUCUCUCUACCAUGUUAUAUACAAUUAGUGCGAAA